AUGUCCUGUGUGUUGGCCAGCAUGUCGAAGAAUGCCUUGGGACUUUGCUUCAUGGGUGACACCUUGAAUCUCCAGCUUCCUGUUCGCGAUCCAAAGCAGCUCCUCUCUUCGAUUCCGAUGCGGCUGCUCAAGAUGAAGGACUCCAAAGACGCCCGUUCGGAGAGACAUCCCUUGGAAUCGGUCGCCAGCGAAGGUAUGGUUUGGCGGUGGAUGCCUUAUUCACCUGGCGGUCCGCCCUUGCACUCGCCUGGGGAGUUCUCCGUGCCAAUCGAUCAAGGCGAAGUGGAUGCCAUUUUGGAUGCUGCCGAGCAUGGUCGAGCUGUUCCUGUCUUCACCCAGCAGUCCACGAAGGUCACGAAGAAGUCCACGGACUUUUUGGCCAAGAAGGAUGAAGGAAAUGCAUUCUUCAAGGCUGGUGACUUUGUCAAGGCCAUUGCUGCCUACGACGCCGCUUUGGCGGAAGAUGCGGCUCCUGCGGACGCUGCCGUGGCGCACAGCAAUGCAGCUCAGGCCCUGCUGAAGCUGGGCGAAGCCGACGCGGCGAAGCAGAAGCCCUGCGCCGCGGAGGCCUUGCGCCGAGCACGCGAGGCCAUUGAGCUGGAUCCCACAAACAUCAAGGCCUUUGCACGCUGUGCCGCUGCGUGUGAUGUGCUUGAGGAGCACGAGGCGGCCGCAGAGUUCCGCCAACACCUGCAGCGCUGCGAGGCCGCUGCCGAGGCGACCCGAGCCGCCCGCCGAGCCGAAGCCGAAGAACGGCAACAGCAGCACGAAGAGCAGCGACGCAAAAUGGCCGCUGCGAUGCAGGAGAAGGCCCGUUGCGAGGCUUUGCUGGAGCGCGAGCGGCAGCUGGAACGUCAGCGAGAGGAGGAGAGCAACGCACACCUGAGCCAGGCAGAAGCCACGCGUCUCUCCUCCAUGUUGGGGAUGGACAGCACACUGGCCGGGAUGCCCAGUGUGGGUGGAAAGUGA